AUGCAUCCCUAUCUUCUCCUCGUUAUCCCUGCUCUGCUGAUUGUCGUUAAGCUAUUCGCCAAGAUUUAUCAGAUUUUGUCCUCACCGCUGAUCUCGGUCCCUGGGCCCUGGCUUGCUCGAUUUACUGACCUCUGGUACAUUUGGAGAAUCCACAAAGGGCAAUUUGAGCGUGACAACAUUGCACUUCAUCAGAAAUAUGGACCGAUCAUUCGAUAUGGAACAAACAGGUACAGCAUAUGUGACGAGAAUGCUGCUAAGAUUAUCUAUGGGCAUGGGAACGCUUUCCCAAAGUCAUCCUGGUACGACUCUUGGGGUGACCGUAACCCCCAUAACUGGGCGCUCUUUUCCGACCGGGACGAGAAUCGGCAUAGCAGAAACCGACGUCUCUAUCAGAGCACAUACAGCAUGUCGUCUUUGGUGACCUAUGAGAGUUACGUCGACAAAUGCGCAGGGCUAUUUUGUCAGAGACUACAUGAAAUGAGCAGCCCAAAAGGAGUAACUCCACCUGUCGAUAUUGGACACUGGUUUCAGUGCUAUGCUUUUGACGUCAUCGGAAUGAUGACCUAUUCCAAACGAAUGGGAUUCCUUGACAAAGGAGAAGAUAUCGGAAAGAUCGUUGAGAAUAUCGAAAAUCACAUGUCCUAUGCAACGAAAGUUGGGGUUUACUCAUAUUUUCAUCAGUUUGUCGCUCCUAUCAGGAACCGUCUAGGCAAGCGUGGUACAGGACGACAAUAUAUCGUCGAGUUUACGAAGCAGUGUAUGGCAGAGCAUCAAUCCAAACCAAAAGCGAUAGCUCUUAGUCAUUCAGACAACAUGCCUCAGGGAGCCGGAAACUUGGACUUCUUAUCCAAGUUUUUAGCCAAGAAAACUUAUGCUAAUAGAACCUACGUUACAAAUAACCUAGCUUCUUCUGGUCUGUUUGAUAUAACCGUUUUCACCCGCUCGAAGAGUGCUGUACUACCGGCCACGGUCAAGUCUGCUUCUAUUGACUAUGAUGAUGUCGACAGUCUCACCAAGUCAUUCAAGGGCCUGGAUGCUGUAGUCGCCGUGACACCAGGGCAUUUAGCGGAGCUACACUUCAAGCCCAUCGAGGCAGCAAUGAGAGCCGGCGUAUACCGAUUCAUUCCGUCCGAAUAUGGCGUCGAUAUCCGCAAUCCGCGGGUACGCGAGAUGCCAUUUAUGAAAACAAAACAGAGAAUUGAGAAACUGUUGAUAGAUUCUGCCAAAGAGGGCAACCUCACCUACACAGCUAUCUAUGGCGGGGGCUUCGUGGAAUGGGUGUUGACCUAUGAGGAAUUGAUGCCUAUCAAGCAACGCAGGUUCAACAUCCAGAACGAAGGAAACGUGCCGUUCUCUAUAACCAAGAUGAACGACUAUGCCAAAGCAGUUGUUGGCGCUUUGAGCAACCCGAAACAAACGGAGAAUGUGGUAAUGCUGAUAGAAAGCUUUCGGACAACCCAGCUUCGAAUCCUCGAACUAGCCAAAGAAGAGGUGUCUGGUGAAUGGCAAGUUGGCUACGUGGAUAUGAACAAAAAUGCCGAAAUUGCCGAGCAAAAGAUGUAUGCGGGUCAAUUCGAUAUUCCAGUGGUAGAUCCCAUGGUUUUCAAGAUUAUGUUCACUCCUGGAUAUGGUGGUCAGAUCGAUGGAACUCAUAACGAUCUCGCAGAUGUGGUUCCUAUCACUGAUGGGGAGCUCAGAAAUAUCAUCAAAUCAUUAUCAUAG